AAAAUACCACAGACUCGGUGGCUUAUAAACAACAAGCAUUCAUUUCUCACGGUUCUGGAGGCUGUGCAAGAUCAGGGUGAGGACCCUCUUCCGGGUGGCAGAUGGCUGACUUCUCACUGUGUCCCCACGUGGCAGAAGGGGAAGGGAAUCUCUCUGGGGUCUCCUUUAUAAAGGCACUAAUCCCACUCAAGAGGGCACCACCCUCAUGACCUAAUCUUGCCCCAAAGACCCCACGCCCAAACAUCAUCACUGUAAGGGUUAGGAUUUCAACAUAAGAAUUUGGGGGGGACACAUUCAGACGAUAGCCUAAAGAAGCUUGUCUGAGCCCUCACCAAGAGCCAACUAGCUCUCCUGAGGGAAGUGCUGUGUGUAAACUGCUAAAAGAGCAGUCCUCCUGUUCACACCUCACUGGGAAGAGGAAAAAUGCAUUUUACGGGGUGAAUUCUAAGCACAGGAGUAUGGUGAGUUCCAGGAUUUGGGGGCUGAUCAAGGAAAAAGCAGGACCACGAGAGGCAGUAACACUACAGGCCACAUUGGGUGGCACGUGGAUGGGGUUACAGGAGGAGGCCUUCCAGAGAGCAUGGCCUGAGGCCACCAGCCCAAAGGGCAAGGGGACUCUGAGAAGAGGGGCAUCAGAGGGGGGCUCGUGUGUCCAGAUGGCGUCACUUGGCAGCAGGGUGGGGCGUCUCUGGGUCGCAGGGCACAGAAAGGUGGCAGCAGUUGGGGUCAUGGCUACAGGGUGUGUCUGAUCCGUGGUUAGCAGAUGGUGGGUGUGAUUUUGCAGGGUGUGCAAAGCAGAGGGGCUCUUCCUGGCUGAAUAAAUGCCUACUUGUGCUACAUUUGGAGCAACUGGAUGUGGAAGAAUUUGAGUUUGGAGCCAGGGGAAUCUGUGCUACAGAAGUAAACGACACAGGGAGCAGCACACCGGGGCCAUCUUUGGACCACUGGUACAGGGAGACCUCGCGGUUCCCACGACGAGGACAAGCCCUAUAAUUAGAGGUGGUUUCAAGCGUCAUUUUAUUUUUCUGAGAUUGGAAGUUCACUCCAGGUGAACUUGGUCCAGGUCAGGACCAGCUACAUCAUUUGCUGGGCCUAUUGCAGGAUGAAAACACACGAUUCCACAUUCAAAAAGCAGGGAAACGUUGCCAUUAAAGCCGCCAAAAUAUGAAGCUUUUUCCUUUCCUCCCAGGUCUCUGUCAUAGUAUUUUUUAUCUGCUGUGUAAUGUCGUACUCCCUUGGACACAGGGACACUCAGGGACACCUCGCAGACCCUCCCCGGUGCCCCCACCCUGCCGCUCUGCCCAUAUGCUUGUGGCCCACUGGCUGCUGGGCUGCCCCCGAGUCCUGCCACCCGCUGCUGGGCAGGUGUGCCUUGCCCCAGAGAGGGUCAAGCCAGGCAUCUCUCCUUCUCACGGGCCUGCCAUCCCCACCACGACAACUGGGCGACUCCUGAGCUACUGGACCGUCUGUGCUGGAUGCAGUCAGUACUGAAUUGCAGCUGGGGACAGGCUCGCUCCUGUCACACUACCCGCCUUCACCACAGCACUCGCAGCCCUGAGGCGGGUUGGUCGGUGUCCUGUCCUGAGAUGCUCAGGGCUCAGGAACAUAGCCCCAACCCUCUCUGGGUACCAGUCCAAGCUAAGAGUACACGGUGGCAGCGGUCGCUGGGAGGGAAUAGAAAGGAGGAGGCCAGGUUGGGGCCCAGGGUUCAUGGGGCAGGGCCAGGGACCAGAAACCCUCCCAGGGAGCGUCAGGCUUCGUUUACAAAACACAUAGUCAAAGGUAAAAGGACUGAAAAUUUCAAUACAGUGAGUGCAGAGCUUUAAACCCCAAGGUGGCAGGAAGAGCUGUGUGACCGCCCUGGUCACCUGCCCGCAAAGCUGGCCUGGCUACAGGUUAUUAAAAAUGCCCCGAAGUCGAAAGGCAUUAGGCUCAGCUCUAUCCCCCAGCACAUACAUAUUAGCUUGUGUUCCUGAAGCUUAAUUGUUGAAAACACAUACACGUAUCAGCGAUGUUGUGUUUUAUGGGCCGGGAAAGCGUCAUUAUGAAUUAGUGGACUUGGAAAAGAGUUUACAGAAACGCUAGAGAGAGAGAGAUGUGAAUCAGUCCUAGUACAACAGCCGGACACUCUGCUAAGCACUUUCCAUACAUUAUUUCAGUUAAUCCUCUCAAAUAUCCUAUGAAGUAGGUACCAUUAUUACAUCCUCAUUUUAAGGAUGAAGAAGCUGAGGUUCAGAAAAUUAAGCAAUCUGAUCGAAGUCAUAUACCGGCUAAAUCAAUCUGUCUGACUUUAGAGUCUAAUUAUUAGAGUCUACUAAUUUUAAAAUUAUCCUAUUUUUUCAUUUCAAAAAUGAAGAACACAGCCUUGCACGAGCAUAGCAACUGGAUAGGACUUUUGGGGGUGCAGUGAUACGGGUGUAACUUUUAAUACCCAUGUUCUUCAUGAAUUAAAAGGGUGUGAUAAUUAUGACUUUGGUCUUCUAGGUGAUGUUGUUACGGGCUCAGGGAUUCAGAGGUAACUUGGCAAAACAAUCGCUACCCCUCCCUUUCUCCUUGGGAAUUUUAGGGACAGUACACGUGAAAGCCAGGGAAGUGACACUAUAUUUACUGAGCUCUCACAGGGCACCAGGCCUCCUUCAAAGCAUUCCACGUGUUCAAAACACUUUUGUGUCAUCAUCACACCAGCUCCUCAGAGCAACCUUGAGGGGCUGGCGGAGUGACUGCUCCCUCGCAAUAACUCUGAGUCGGUCCUUGUUUGAUAGAUAUGCAAACUGAGCUGGGAGCGGUGAGGCGUAGUUUGCUCUUCUCCCUGGACUAGGGCAGAGUUGGCCUGGUGUCCUUUCCACCACCGCACUCAGAAUCCCCCCAGUUCAAGGCUCUGUGGAGGCCAAGGGUUAUGAUGCAUCACAUCAGUCCUUGAUCCUGGGAAAUGGAGCAUAUAAAUGUGCUUUCUUUAUGGAUCCACUUCACUGACCAAGAGCAUAUCCCAUUACUUUCAAAUAUAAGGGAGCCUCUCGUCCUCUCAAAGGAAUCCCGAACCUCUGUUUGAAGAGUCUUCCCUCAGAGAUGGCGCCAAGCAGGAAGAUGUUUUAUUUUGUCUUUGCCUUUUUCUUCAUUUUGGCUCAAUUUCCAUCAGGGUGCCAGGCAGGACUCGAGUAUUCCCAGCCACUUCCAGCAGGUGACUUUGCUCCUUGCGAGCCAUGCAGGCUCGGCCGGGGCAAAUGCAGGAAGAUGUGCGCGGAGGACGAGAAGACUGUUGGGCAUUGCAAGGUGAACUUUUUCUGUUGCCGACGGAGGGUCCAGUAA